AUGGAAUUGGCGUCGGCGGCGGCGGGCGACAGGGGUCGAGGCGCAGAGGUGUGUUUUGUGUGGGUUGCACGUGAGCGGGGUGUGGGGCGGCAGCAGGAGAAGAGGGGGAGAAGUCAAGUGUGUUCAUGCCUCUCGUGGCGCCCGGUUGCUCACAGCUUUCCUUCGCCCCUCCUCCCGACCCCUCACAGCGAAGCCACAUCCAUCGCGUACGCAGAAGGGGGGGAGAUAAAUAUAUUUAACCCUAUUUCUUUGCUGGUUUCCAUGGCGGAGCUGCAGCCUGUUGCAAGCCUGCGGGGCAAGAGCAUCACAAGCGCCGAGCAGUUCACGCGCGCGGACAUCGACGCACUGCUGCGGCUUGCCGGCGCCAUGCAGCGCAGGGUUGAGGGCGGCGAGGUGCUGAACCUUCUGCAGGGCCGCAUCAUGACGCCACUCUUCUUCGAGGAUUCCUCCCGCACCUUCAGCUCCUUUUGCGCCGCGAUGAUUCGGCUGGGCGGGAGUGUCGUGAACUUCAAGGUGGAGACGUCGUCGAUCAGCAAGGGCGAGACCCUCACCGACACCAUCCGCGCACUGGACUCCUACAGCGACGUGCUGGUGAUGCGGCACCCACGGCAGGACGCGGUCCACGAGGCCCUCAGCGUGGCGCAGCACCCCAUCAUGAACGCCGGCAACGGCGCCGGCGAGCACCCCACGCAGGCGCUCCUGGACACGCUCACAAUUCACGCGGAGCUCGGCUGCGUGGACGGCGUCACCGUCGCGCUGAUUGGCGACCUCAAGAUGGGGCGUACGGUGCACUCGCUCCUGAAGCUCCUUGUGCGCAACUUUUCGCUCAAGUGCGUGUUUCUUGUUGCCCCGGACGCGCUGCAGAUGCCGCAGGAUGUCUUGGACUCCCUGCAGCAAGAGAUCGCCGCAACGGGGGUUGUGAUUCGCCGCACACACGCACUCACAGAGGAAGUCAUGCGUCAGAGCGACGUGUUGUACGCUACUCGGCUGCAGAAGGAACGAUUUGCGGCUUCCGCAGGCGAUGAUGCGGCCGCAAUGCAGUCUUUUGCGGCGGCGAAGGCUAACAUCACCAUCGACGCGGCACGCAUGCAGCUGGCGAAACCAAAAAUGAUUGUGAUGCAUCCACUGCCGCGCAACGAUGAGUUAAGCACCGCCGUUGACACGGACCCGCGUGCGGCCUACUUUAGGCAGAUGCGGUACGGAAUGUUUAUGCGCAUGGCCCUCCUCUGGAGUGUAUUGGCGUGA